UCUGGACGGCGGCGGCCGCGCGUGAGGCGGCGGCGGCGGGACCGGGAUCGGUAUCGGUAUCGGUCGGGGCGGGCACAAUGUCGGGCUCGGAGGAUUACUCCUCAGCUGAGGACGAGGACUACGUGCCCUCAGGUGCGGAGUACAGCGAGGACGACGUGAGCGAGCUGGUGCGGGAGGAGGAUGCGGCGGACAGCCCCAGGCCGGCCCGCGGCAGGAGGAGCCCCCGCCGCCCCGCCAGCAGGAAGAGGAAGAAAGGAGGUCUGCUGCUAGAGGAAGAGAAGAAACAGGAAGAAAGUGUUCAGCAGAAGGAAGAGGAUGAGGAGGAAGAGGAGGAGGAUGUGGAGCAAGUGGAAAGAAACAGGGAAGAAGAAGAAAUAAAAAAAAAAGAGGAUGCUCUCUGGGCCAGUUUCCUGAGUGAUGUGGGACAGAAACCCAAAGCAGCAGCUGCCACCCAAGUGACACCAGCAAAGAAGGUUUCUCAGGCUGGAGAAGAGAAGAGUGGGAACAAACUUCAGGAAAAACCUAAAGAGUCUGAGAAGCCAAAAGACUCAGGAAAAGUGACAAUCACCAAGGUGUUUGAUUUUGCUGGUGAGGAAGUCAGAGUGACUAAAGAAGUGGACUCGACCUCAAAAGAAGCUAAAGCUUUUCUGAAGCAUCAAGAGAAACAGCAAGCAGCAGCUCCAGCUUCCCUCCCCACAGUCUCUGGGGUGAAGAGGCCAAGUGGCAUGAGCAGCCUCCUGGGGAAGAUUGGCUCCAAAAAGCAGAAGAUGAGUACACUGGAGAAAUCUAAACUGGACUGGGAGAGCUUCAAGGAGGAGGAGGGGAUUGUGGAGGAGCUGGCGAUUCAUAACCGAGGGAAAGACGGGUACAUCGAGAAGAAAGCAUUCCUGGAGCGUGUGGAUCACAGGCAGUUUGAAAUUGAACGUGACCUCAGACUGAGCAGGAUGAAGCCCUGAUGUGCCAGGGGUGGCAGCGGGGGAUCCUGCUCCUUUCUGUGCCUGAGCACUGGCUGGGGGCUGCCAGCCACCCCCUGAGAAGCAGGCAUGGAAACCAUUGUCCACCCAAGACUGAGCCUGGAUGCCUCAACAUACAGGUUUUUUCCUUUUACUGUAAUAGUUUGGGGAGGGUAUUUGUCAGUGGGAAGGGUUACUUUUCGGGUUAAAUGGCCCAGCAGGUGACAGAAGACACCAGUGUGAUUUCUGGCAGGCAGCUUUCCAAGGAGAAGUGAUGGUGGCACCCAUCCUUUGCCAGCCCCUGGUGCUUCUUGGCAGCAGGAGGAGCCACCAGGGCUUGGGAGGGUGCUGGAACCUGAGCUGAGGCUCAGCUGGUGUGUUUGAUUGUGAGAGGAGCUUCAGGAAGGUUUCGUGGCUGCUGGGCGUGCACAAGCCAUGGGAUUCAGGGCUGGAGCCCUUCUCCUGCUCUGCCAACCCUGCAGCACUCCCUGCCCCACUGCGCUCCUGCCCAGACAAAGCUGAACUGUCUGUACUUGUUUGUGGGGUCUGAUGAUGCUGGGGGGGGGGUUAAGGAAGGCGAUGAAGAAAUCCUUCCUUGUUCAUGCUGACAAGAAGAUGGGAGCAGCUGCAGCAGGCAGGACGGGGCCAGGAUCCGAGCGUUAACGUGAAUAAAAUGUUCCAUCCCGA